AUGUUCUGCAUCAUGUUUCUCAUGAACGGGCUCGAGUUCAGGGUCGAACCAGAUGUUCUUGCCGUGGAAGAUGGAGAAUGCAUCUAUCUAAAUGGUGCUGAAUAUUUUCACUAUUCGCCAGGUGGUUACGAUCCUGGUAGUCACUUGAUGAGCGAUGCCGACUGCAAAGCCAAAUGCGGAUCUUAUUUCUUACCAUAUUCUGGAAUCCUGAGGCAAAAAUUAUGCCUUUGUGCAAAAGACAAAAGAGUCGAAAGUGUACCUGUUGCACCUGCAAGUGAAUGUGGAACAAAUCCAGAUCUUCUAGUUUUUUACAGGUCAAACAUCAUUAUAUCAGUUACAGGGCUCGCUGUUAAACCAUCAGAUGAUGUUUCUCAGACAGCUACAGAUGUUGUAUUUUCCGUCAGCUAUGAGACUGGGGAUGAUGUUGAAUUUACCAUUGACUAUGGUGAUGGUAGUUUUGGAGCUUUUAAUGAUGUUCAUGACGUUCAAGCUCAUAAGUUCUUUGUGCCCGGGAAAUAUUGGGUGCAAGUUUCUGCAAAGCCCAGGGGUGCACCUGAGAGUUAUCGAGUACUGGCAAGUACUGAGGUGACAAUUACAGACAGUAUUGAAAAUAAGACAGUUGUGUUUAGCUGCCCGCCCGUUGUAAAACCCACUGUUGUAGUCACAUGCAAUUUGACGACAAUGACUGGUGGAUUUGUUACCAUGGAAAUAGACUGGGGUGAUGAAUCUAAAGUUAUGAUGGGAUUACCUGAUACCAAUAUUCAAGCAAUUGGACCAUUGAUACCUCAACAUGAGACACCUGAUAUGUCACCGAAAGAAUCAGGUUAUAUGCUCGUCAUUCCUCAGCUUGAGCCAGUCGACACCAGAGGGAGACUUUCGGCUGUUCGUUUGUGGGUUUUGGAAUCGGGAGCAAUGGCUGUUAUGGUUCUUCGAAAAAAAUGCCCAGAAGGGUCAGUUUGUCCUGUCAUACGGGACGUUCGCACUUGCAGCAAAGAAGAAUCUUUCUGUGCUCAGUUACAGACUUGCACCAGCAACAAAAUAAUUAAGUGCCCACACCACAACCUUGCCAAAGUCCUAGAGUUUGAAAUUGUUCAUGUUGUACAAAUAACAGUUGAAACUGGCCACCAGUACAUUUCUUUAACAGAUACACCUGAAGUUUAUCCUGGUGACAUAAUUGCUUUCAUAUCAGCAAUGGCUAAGGUUGCCUAUCGAAAACCAUUUCUGAAGGAACCUACUGAUUUAGGAGGAAUAACAUUCGAUAUGCAAGAAACUGUUAUCCCACAAGACAUUUUAUCUAACACACAAAAAGUGCAUUAUUUUCAAGCAAUAAUUAAUAAUCCAAUUGAAAUGGGAGUGCAAUAUUUAUUUAGUAAAAAAAUUGGUAUGCAUGAUGUUGUUAUGAAGCUAUCAAACAAAUUUUCUACUGUGCCCAUUGUUCGACAGCAAAAAGUCGAUUCUCAGAGACCUCUUGCUGGAUUGAAGUUAAGUGUUAAUCCUCCAGAUGCUUCAACUACAGAACAAGUAACCAUUGAAAUAAAAAUAAGUGGUGGUACUUUUGUCGAUGUUUUAUGGGAAUUUGGUGAUGGGAAAACUAAGAAAGAAUUUUUAGCAGAGGUGAAAAAAGGCGGAAAAUAUGAGAAAACUUACAAGUACCCACAGCCUGGAGUUUAUGUUAUUCGAGUGCAUGCAUCUAAUCCUCAUGCAAAUUUUUCACAAGUUCAUAUAUUAAAAGCUCAAAGACCUGUUCUUCCUAUAUAUGGAGUCACCACCAAUACUCCUCAAAUACUUCCUAGUUCUAUCAUAUUCGAACUGACUUACCCACCUUCUGAAUUACUACCAACAAAUGCAACUGCUGUCUUUACAUUUGGUGACAAGAAAACUUGGAAGUGGAACAUUCCAAAGGAAGGAGAAGGCAUUCAGGAAACAUUUGAACAUAAAUACAGAAAAGCUGGAGUCUAUCUUGUCAAUAUUCGGAUAUCAAACAUUGUCUCUUCAUACACACUUCUAACUGAAGUUGAAACUGCUGUCCGUAUUAAAGAUCUUGCUGUGAAUGUUUUGUACAGUCCUUUACUUAGCAGUCAUGAUCAAAUAGCUGGCUAUGGUUCUGAAAAAAAUAAAUUCCCAAUAGACCGUAACGUUACAAUGCAUAUGAGCGUAGCAACAGGUGAGGUUGAAUUGUAUAUUGUACAAAUGGCAAAUGGUACAACUUUGAUGAAUAGCUCUGAUGCAACUUACACUAUGAUGUUUCAAGAGCCUGGAUAUUAUAAUUUCACUGUGUCAGCAUACAAUCAUGUCCAAAAAACAACAGACCCUGUUUUCCUGUUCCUGUAUUUGAUGGAACCUGUAGAAGGACUGAUUGCUAUUGAUAAUGUUAAUGCUACAUUAGAAGAAGAAGAGGAUAAGGAAUUUGAGGUAUAUCUUGAACGUGUUGGUACAGAUACUUGCCUCUUGGUAGAUUAUGAUGAUGGUACAGUACUGAGGGCGUUUGGCAAUGGAGAAACAUGCAAUGAUACAGCCGAGGAAGUAGUGUGGGAAGGUGAACUGGAAAAUCCGCUCAUCAUUCGGCACACUUACAUAUCCAAGGGAUACAUGGAUGCUUUUUUUAAAGCAUUCAAUGCCAUUUCUGAAGUCAACACAACUGUUAGAUUUUUCAUUACAAACCAAACCUGUAAAGCUCCUGAUCUUUCAAUCAGAAAUAGGAUUCCAAAUUAUUACUUAGCUCCAGAGUCAUAUAGGUCCAUACCAGUUGUACUUUACUCGUAUACCACAAUGAAGUGUAAUGAUUCCAGUGAAACUGUUAGAAGCUGGAGUGGUUACAGACUGAAUGAAACUAAUGGUCAAGUAAUUGAAGAAAUAGACUUGACCAUGGUUGACUCUUACAGAAAAUCCAUGCUUUAUUUAAAACCCUUUUUAUUAAAAGGUGGCCUUUAUAAAUUCAAGUUUACGGUUAACAUGACAGUGUUCAUACAAAAUCCGCCACUAGUGCUUGUUAGAUCCGUGGAGACUUAUAUAAAAGUGGUACCUUCUCCUGUGAUUGUGAGACUUACAGAGGGAGCCCAGUCUCGUGUUACCAGAGGCUGGGGACAGGGAAUAAUUCUUGAUCCAGCGCAAAAUUCUAUUGACCCUGAUGAUGAAAAUAAUAAGAACUUUACUGUAAAAUGGUACUGUCGACGGUUGCCUGGAGAAGUUAUCAACAGGAAUUUGACAGAAGACAUGCAAAAUGUUUCAGACCCCAUAUUCGAUCGCAGCGUACUGUACAGAGAGCGUCCUACUGGUCUUCCAACUCCCAGCUCUGAAGAAAGUAGUGAAGAAGAUGAACCAAAGGAUGGUUUGCUCGAAGAACCAGAUUUAGGUGGAUGUUUUGGCAAAGGUCCAGGUAUGAUCAAUGUCACAGAAGGAUAUGUCAACUGGAAUACUACAGUCUUCAGAAAAUACAAUGUAACCUAUGAGAUUAUUGUUAAAUUAGAGAUGUCUGACCGAGAUCCAUGUUGGGGUGGUCUACAAAUUGUCUUGCUGGAGCAUAUACCACCAGUUAUAAGUGUUGAGUGUCAGACAGAGAAACUCUGCUAUCCGAACGACCCCAUUGGUCAACGGAUUAAUCCGGUUAGAGUUGGUUUGAUUGGUUUGUGUAAAGAUGGAUGUGACACUGAACUUCUAUAUGAAUGGCAGGUUUUUGGAGUAGAUUCUGAAGGAAAUGAAACAUAUUUAGCCGAAGCAGGAGAGUUCCUUGUUGGUGCUACUGAAAAGAAAAUGGCUUUGAGUGAGGAUUUUUUCAAAGAGUAUUAUCCAACUUAUGGUGAUUUUAUUGCAAAACUGAUUGCUGAAAAUGAGUAUGGACUUCGUGGUGAAGCUGAUCUUUUCCUCCAUAUUAACCAGCCCCCUGAAGGUGGUAAUUGUACAAUUGUGCCAGAAAGUGGAAGAGCUCUGAUUGAUGUAUUUACCGUUAGUUGUUUAGGUUGGGCAGAUCCCGAAGGAAAAGAAAUAGAACAUUUUGCAUUUUGGACCAUUCAUAACGACACUGCUGCUUUGAUUUAUCUGAGUGCUGGUCCAGAUCCCGAAGCGUCUCUUGUUCUACCAUAUGGACUUUUUGAAUUAGGUGUGGACAUAAAAGAUAAAGAAGGUGCUUUGGCAAGAAUCAAUAUCACUACUAUGAUGCUUGAACCUCCUUUCAAGCAAGAUUAUGACAACUUUAUCAAUAACAGACAAUUGGAGCAAGUAGAAGCAUCUGGUGAUCAAGCCAGAAUGAAUCAAGUGUCUCAAGCACUAUCUUCGCUCAUGAACGUCCGACUGCCUUUGGAUGAUAACAGCACUUUUGAAGAAGUCACUACAACUGAUCCAGGUCUUCUGGACAAGGAAGCCGAGCAAAAAGCCCAGACACGUUUAAAAAUGGUGCGUUCAGUUGGCAGUGUAAUGAAUACUGAUACUUUAGGACAUUUGGAACAAAUCGGAAGUGCUUUAACUGCAAUUUCUGGAGAAGGCGAUGGAAUAGACAAUGAAGGAAUGGAAGAAAUCAUUCGUUUGCUGAAUAAAACAGUACAGUUAGCAUACAAUAUGGAAGUGGAAGCACCACAACAACUUCUAGAUUUUUGCAUGUAUGCAGUCGGCACUAUGGGUGGAAUAGUUGCAAGAAUGACAGAACAGCUGAUAUCGGGUGUAGUUUUACCAACUGAUCGAGCCAAAGCUUUAGAUUUUGAGUAUGAUGUUGAAAUUCCCCUUUAUGGCGAAGAAGAAAAAGAUAGCUUUUUUGAUGGAACAAUUCCAUUAGAAGAUGCUUUAACAAAGGCUGUUAUAAAACAUGAAAGAGAACAAGCUGAAGGAAGCAUUCGAACCAUUGUUGAUCUUACCAUUAAGCUGGUGUUGGCCAUGUUGAAAAAUAUAAUUGUUGGGGAAAAACCAAUGGAAUUUAUAGCACCAAGUGGACUUGGUUUUACGAUAUCAAUGUUUAAGGGUGGCACCUUAAGCAACCGUGCUAUACAACAUGGGGAUGCUGUGUAUGUGUUUCCAGAAGUUUGUGACAUAUUAUCUGAGUAUGGUUGUUGGGGAAAUGAGACAUUAGGAGUCAUGAUCAGCAACACUUAG